AGGAGUGAUGUCAUAGAAACAAGAGAAUCCGAUCCAACUAUGUUGAAGAGAUAUCAGACAUCAUUGAAUUGCACUUACUGUAAAGAAAAGGGACAUAAUACAAGGACUUGCAAAGCAAAGAUGGUGGAUGAUGCAAACAAGGGAGAGCAAGGAGGUGCAAGUUCGAAAGAACCCAAAAAAUGUGGUAUAUGUAAAGGCACUGGACACAAUGCCAGAAGUUGCAAACAAAAGAAUGUUGAAGUGAAAAAGGGCCAAGAUGAUACCUCUACCAGGCCAAAUCCUGAAAAUGCUACAGCUCCAAAUGAUGCUCCACAGCAGCAGGCAGAGGGGGGUAUCACAGCUCCAACAGAAUUGCCAGAUACUACACAUGGAGGCAUCCGCAAGCCCUACAAGCCCCCCUCUAGAAAUGUUUUAGGUGUUCAUUCAGUCCCUGGACAGCCAUUUACUACUUCAAGAAAUUUAGAGGCUGCAAGGAGGAGGAUGGAGAAGAACGUCGGUAAGAAGGCUUCUUGAUGCUGCAAAGGGGUGAAAUCUUUUGUUUGGAGAUAGGAGGUAGAUGGUGAUUUAUUUUGUGGUAGUUGCAGACAUUAAUAUUGGUGGUUGUAUGGUUGUAUUUGCAAAAGCCGUGGGUUUCUAUUUUGCACAGACAAUUUAGACAUGUGCUGCUUUUGUGGCUUUGAUUAUGCUGGUUAUGUGGCUUUGAAUAUUAAACUGCCAUGAUGCCCUUCAUGCUGGUUAUGUAAUCUGUUUA